AUGGUUACCCCUUCCGUCGCACCGCAGCCACAGCGUCCAGUGCGCGGUGCCAGCCCCACAAGGCGAUUGAAGAAGCCCAAAACCGUGCUGGGCAGACUCAAGCACGUGUGGAAGUCGACCCAAGUGAGCCACCGAGGACAGUACUCCAUCGAGAGACUUCUUGCGUUGGGGGAAUACACGCAGCGCACUUCAAGACUUCGAGUGCUGCUCGUGUGUCUGGGUUCUCCGUUCCCCAUGACCGCCUUCGUUUUGCUGGUAGAAUGCGUACCGCUGCAAGACCCGAGCGUUGGGUGGAGAGAGAACUACGGUCUUUGGAUUCGCAGCGCUGUCAUCUGCGGCGUGAUCGCGGCCACGAUGCUCGUGGAGCUGAAGUAUUUGAUCGAGGGCGUCAAAGUCUCCAUACGACAGGCAGGUUUCGUGCUGGUUUGCGUGAUGGUGGUGGAUUCUACGCUGCUGAUGACCGCAGCGGCCUACUUGGUGUUCCCAAUCCCGUUCAUGAGUCUGUUGAUGGUGCCUCCGUUGCUCGCGAUUGUGGCGGUGGCGCUCCGAGUUUCGUUCGGAGGUGACGGGUUCAAGAAGAUGCAGGAGCACCCAGCGCAGUUGUACGGCUUCGUGCUCUUCAUCUUCGCUCAGGCGCUGACGCUGGUCGUCUACCCCAUCUACCAGGUGCUGUUUAGCGCCUCCGUGAACACGCACUUUGAGCUCAGCGUUAUGAUGCUGCUCCCGAUUGUCAAGAUGAUGGUCAAGAACAUUGUCGCGUCGAGCAUCUACUACAUGGAGGACAUGCUACCCGAGUCGGUCAUUUUCACUGUCGACUUCUUCAAUGCUGUCUAUGUGGCCACUUGCAUGCGCCAGGCUUCGUCGGUCUUUACGGUAGCGGCUAUCAUGUUCGUUGACGUGUUUCAUACUGUCUACGCUCUUCGGAGACUGCGCCAUACUGGGAUAGAGAUCAAACGGCGACUGAAUCAUGACUUGGGCAGCAAUAUUACUACCCUGGAUCUGUUGGAGGUUGGCUGCUCGUUGUGCCAGCACCGCGACAAGUUCGAGAGGCAGGAGCUCUCGCAGAUCCAAUUGCGUUCGUGUCUCCCUCAUACGCUCUCCUCGACUGGCAAAAGCACCAUCGCCCGGUUGGAGAAGUACCCACUCAAACCUCCUAUUAAAGCGCACCGACGACGCGCCUUUAGUACGAGUGCUGCAAGACAAAUUGCUACCAAGGCCUACGCAGUUUCGGUCAUGAACAGUAUCACCACCAAGACAUCGCAAAAAAGCACGGCCACGCGGACUCAAAGCGUCAUUUCGUCGUAUUCAGUACCCCCAUCACGGAUUCUCCAGCGAACGCUGGAAAUUAUGUUCAUGACGGAGUGUCUCGUUCUCACCGAGUACUUGGAGUCCUUCACACCAGCCUUCUACGUCAACUUCCUGCUCAUCAUGGUUCGACUCCCGAGCGCGCAGUACCACACAGAACUCGACGGCAUCACACAAGACAACGUGAUGGAUACGCUGCUGCCGGUCUUCUACUACGGACUACUCGAGCUUCUGUCAUUUUUGCUCCUCGUGUUUGCCAUUCGACGUACUAUUGGCAUGGAUGCACUGUAUCACCUAGCGUUCGUGUUGGAGACGCAGACGUCGUUGAUCCAGAGCAAACUGAUCGUGUGGAUGCUGCUGACGCUGACGUGUCGAGUGGUUCACUAUGGUGAGUUAGUGAGAGCUCUCCUUGACUAG